UGUUCUUUCGUGGGCGGGGGGCCAAAGGCCAACUGCAAAACGAACCCCCGCCGCGAACUCUCCGGCAGCUUCCUCCCCUCGACGAGCCAGCCACGUCCCACGGUCUCGGAGUCCAGCACCACGUGACCCCGAGCCGCUCUUCCUCGGCGGCGAACCCGGCAUGGCCAUGCUUCUCCACCGCCGACUCCCGCUGGCCCGCCUCCUCCGGCCGCCGCAGAUCGAAUCCGCGGCUUUCGCCUCCUCUUCCUCUCCUUCCCCUCCUCUUCAAACGCCUCUCGCCGCCGCUUCGCCGUCCGUUAUGCUAGGAUCACGCCUAGGGUUUCUCAAUGCCACGCCGCUUGCGUCGGCGCAGGGGCCUUCGGUCUCAUCCUCCGCCUCCGCCGCCGCCUAUCUCGCUAUCGGUGCGGCCGCUGCGCUCGCGUCACUGCCGGUAGCCUACGCCGACGGCAAUGGGCAGGGCGCGGUCGACACAGCUGUGAGUGCUGAUCCCGCGGAGGGGGAGGAUUUGGCCCGCAAGGAGAGGAUGAGGAUAACGGAGCUCAUCCAAAGCCGAGGGAUGCAGCGUGGUUCGUACCCACAGUUUGAUGUUGCAGUAAAAGGCCAAAAGCAGGUGGUUGUUAAAUUCAACAUGCCUUCUACAUGUAAUAUAUCACACCUCAUUGUUGAUCUUGUAACACAUAUCGGACUUGAGGCAGAACAGCAUGGUGGUGGCUCGGAGGUGCUAGUGCGUGCUUGGGACAGUGCAGCUGCACGUCAGAUCACAUUGAACCCUCCCAAGAAGACUAGCACUGGAGAUCACAAUGAAGAUGGUCUCUGUGUUUUGAUAUUUGAGCCACUUAUUGUAUCGGACUAUUCUGAAAUUGAAUUCAUCAAGCGUGGUAGUUUUAGUUUGAAAGAACUUGAAGCUUUGAUCAGUGCUUUAAAAAUAGCUGGCGAAAAAGAUGUUAAGGGGUCAUCAGGGAAGGGCAAUAAAAACACACCAAGAAAAGGAAAUGGCCAGAGAUCUAAGCAUGUUCCCUCUAUGGAGAAAACUGUAUCAGAUUUAGAGGCUAUGGGAAUUAGAGUCUAUGGAUUUGAUGAAACAUCUAGUGUUCCAAUGGAUGGCACUGUAAUCUGGGAGAACCUUGCGGGAUAUGAACCUCAGAAAAGGGAAAUAGAGGAUACUAUACUCUUGGCCUUACAGAGUCCCGAAGUGUAUGAUGACAUUGCUCGCGGUACCCGCUGCAAAUUUGAGACAAAUCGGCCUCGAGCUGUUCUGUUUGAAGGCCCACCUGGGACCGGCAAGACAUCUUCGGCUCGAGUUAUUGCCAAACAAGCAGGAGUUCCACUACUAUAUGUGCCACUUGAAGUUGUUAUGUCGAAAUAUUAUGGUGAAAGUGAGCGCCUGUUGGGGUCUGUUUUUUCACUUGCAAACGAUCUUCCUGAUGGCGGUAUUAUAUUCCUAGAUGAGGUAGAUUCUUUUGCUAUGGCUCGAGACAGUGAAAUGCAUGAAGCUACACGAAGGAUCUUGUCAGUAAUUCUGCGACAGAUUGAUGGAUUCGAGCAGGAUAGACGGGUGGUAGUUAUUGCUGCAACAAAUAGAAAGGAGGACCUUGACCUUGCUCUCAUCAGCCGUUUUGAUUCAAUCAUUUGUUUUGGCUUACCGGAUCAGCAAACUCGUGUGGAAAUAGCUGCCCAAUAUGCCAAGCACUUGACUAAAUCUGAAUUGGUUCAAUUUUCGUUGGCCACUGAAGAGAUGUCAGGAAGAGAUAUCAGGGAUGUUUGCCAGCAAGCAGAAAGGCAUUGGGCGUCAAAGUUAAUAAGGGGGCAAGUUCCAAACGAUGAGAAGGGGGAGCCGAGUCUUCCUCCAAUUAAGGAGUACAUUUCCUGUGCUGAACAGCGACGGAAGUCCUGGCCAGAUAGAACAAGACGGAUACCCAGGUCCGCAACGCUUAAGUUAGCAUGAGGAAUCUACUUAUCCUUACAGUCCCAUAUCAUGUGUAGCACCAAAUGUAGUUCAAAUGGAAAUGUAUGUAGCCUUUGUUCAUCAAUUUUUCUUGUUACGUAUGCUAAUACUUAGGAAUGUAACUUUAUCCUAAUUUUGAGAUCAGCGCACCUGAAACUUUGGAGAGGAAAAUUUUAGUGACGGAUAAAUAUAUUAUGUAUUAUUUUCGUAAACUGAAUGUACAGAUAUAAUGAGCACGCAUGUGAAUGUCGUGCUAAGUGCCAAAGUCAUCUUUAACAUGAACAUUUGGUUGAAAUUAUUGGUGCC